GCAAAGUACAGAAGAUGUUGGUGUACCAGGGCAAGUACCAGGCGCGGUCUGCGGCGGGCACCCUGCUAGAGGCCAUCAAGAUCUCCUUUAUCAACGACCACGACCUGGGGUUGAUGCGACAAGCCUACCUGGAGAUAGCACUCAUUUACCUGUACAGCUCCGGUCUGAUCACGGUCAAGGACGGUUCCUUCCUGGAGUCGGUGGCCGGGGACAGCAGCGAUGAGGUCAGCGUGGCCUCCAGCCGCACCGAGAGAAAGUACAAGAGGUCAAAGGAGGAUGUGGUGCCGGAGGAGUCCAACCUGAAGCGAGAGCGGUCGCGCGUGGAGCGGGAGGAGACAGAGCAGGAGAAGGAGCGGCGGUGUGCCUGGUUGGCCGUGCGGUGUGCCACGGCGGUCGCCACAGCUCAGAGGGCCCGUGGGCUACUGGUGGGUGACACGGCCGUGACGUCACAGAGAGUGGGCGAGAAGUCCACGGGAGAGGUGCCCGGUCUGUGGUGUAUGCGUCUGACCCAGAUGCACGGCUACCUAUGUAACAACCUCAAAGUGUACGCGGCCGACUGCUGCGCCCCCUACCCCCCGCCCGGCCUCCACAUGACGGGCCAGGCUCAGUUCCCCACGGACCUCAACAUCACCAUCAAGUCCUAUGCCUCCAACCUCUCUCUCAACUCGGAGAUUGACGCGGAGAGCCUCAGUGAUGAUCCGUUGUCUUCUUUCCCCUUCGAAGUGAGCAAGGUCAACAUCAAGAAUCUGGAGAGCAUGUUUGACCCCAGCCUGGGACUGACCUUGAAGGGAUCCGACCUUUUACCUUGGCUGGUCAAGCUGUUUCCGUAAGGAGCCCAGCCUUACUUCCCUUGCCACAGCCCUGUUGCUGUGAUGUUUUGUAACAACGAUCAUCUUGUUUGAAUUUUGAGUUUUUCAAGUUUUGUUUUUUUACGUUCAUUGUUCUUAACUUAGCUAACCCUGGAUUCUGAACACUGUGAUAUUUGCUGUGAUAUUUGAGAAAAAUGUUACAGAAUUUUGUCUUACAUUGCAUGUAUAUAUAUACACAAACGUUUGCCAAAAUGAAUGUCUUUACAAAUUUACAUGUUCGGGUCAACCCUCAAGGAAAGAAUCUCCCCUGUUGUACCCUCAGAGUUAGAGUUUUGGGUGUGGGUCAUUUAGUGCAGGGAGACAGCAAGACAGACAGACAGACAGACAGACAGAUAGACAGGAACGACACUGAGAAACUAUAGAAGUAGAACUUGUUAUAAGUGGUACCCUCCAACCACCCGUGUCCACUUUGGUACAACAACUAUAGAAGCAAAAGUUUCCCAGCAUUUAUAAUCUAUAGCUUGAAGAAAUGUUUGUAAAGUUGGGGGUUUUUUAAAAUUAUGUUUAUAUAUGAUGAAACAAUAGCACUUUCCUUUUCAAAAGGCACAUAAUAUGUAGGCCUAGGCUUUCAUAUUUCAUACACAAAUGGUACUCUUAUAUAAUGAUGUAUGUGUUCUCAGUCAUAUAGAUGUAGGAACACAACAGGAGAAUACACAGCUAUGACCUCCCUUCACCCUCCCUCUGGACUCACCCAUCUGUUUUGUAGCAAAAAAUAAAUUGAGCUACCAAAGAGAACAAAGACACACUAAGUGUGCCACAAGUUGUGUGUUCUCC